UGCAAACAUCCGGUUUUCAGAAAAUGGAAAUAAAAUUGCGGCGGUGUUUUGACACAGUUUUUUGACGCACGGAAUGUUGCUAAACUCUAAUUACGUGUUUUCUUUUCAUGGUUUCCGUGUUGUCGAAAUAUGAAGAUGGAGGCUGGCAGCCUGGUUUCCUGCAGAGAGGACAUUUCUUCGCUGUUUGCUGAGGAAAAGCCGGGUGCUAAACACAAAGAUUUAAGCAGCCAGUUUUCCUCUGUGAGAAAAGUGCGCGGGGAUGGAAACUGCUUCUACAGAGCCUUCUGCUUUGCACACAUGGAGUCAGUGCUGCAUAAUGCCAGGGCUUUACAGAGAUUCAAGGACAAAAUAAUUCAAAGCGGCAAAGUCUUGUCCUCUGCGGGAUUUGAUGAGAGCUCCUUCACGCACCACCUGAACACAGUUGUAAAUGUCGUGGAGCAGUGCCAGGCUGAUGAGCAGGAAGACACGCUGCUCAGGCUCUUCAAUGAGCAGACCAGCUCUGACAGUGUGGUGCAGUAUCUCAGGCUACUCACUUCAGCUCACUUGCAAAACAAUGCAGACUUCUUCUGCAACUUUGUGGAGGCACCCAAUCUACACGCCUACUGUCGUCAGGAAGUGGAGACUAUGGCGAUGGAAUGUGAUCACGUGGACAUCCUGGCUCUGUCGGAGGCCCUGGACAUUUGCAUACAUAUCGUCUCUAUGGAGGGUGAUGAACAGCAGCUGGCUCACCAUAUCAUUCCAGAGGGUGCUGAACCCUCUCUGCACCUCCUCUACCAAACAUCACAUUAUAACAUUCUCUAUGCACGACCCCAGCACUGACCAGUGAUGGACCACAACUCUGCUCAACUCAGGAAUAUUGACUUUGCUUGAAUUAAUCCCAACUGCGCUUUAAGACACUUGUGAAAACAGAUUUUUAUAAAAUCUUGCAGUAUACAGAGAUUCAGCAACAUCUGCAAAUACAGUUAUUCCACACUGUAGAAUAACUGAAUUUGACUGAACUGAAUAUUAAAAAUUACAUUUACAUGA